AUGCUUAUAAAGACGUUACUUUGCUGUCACGAAAGGAUAUUACUGCAACCAUUCAAUUACAUCCUAAAACUUCCUGGGAAACAGACCAAAUCACUUUUAGCAUCUGCUUUUAAUCUGUGGUUAAAAAUACCACAAGAUAAAGUUGAUACUAUCAACGAUAUAGUAAAUAUAGUUGACAAUUACACCCUCUUAAUUGAUGAUAUCCAAGAUAAUUCAGUUUUAAGAAGAGGUCUUCCCGUAGCUCAUAGUAUUUAUGGAGUAGCUAGUACGAUAAAUGCUGCAAAUUAUGGUUCAUUUAUUGCGCUAGAAAAAGUUAUAGCUUUGGGGCAUCCAGAGGGUGCGCAAAUAUAUGCGGAGCAGUUGCUGGAACUUCACAGGGGGCAGGGAAUGGAAAUUUAUUGGAAAGACAAUUGUUUUUGUCCAUCUGAAAUUGCAUAUAAGCAGAUGACAAUUCGAAAAACAGGUGAACUUUUUAAUUUAGCUGUCCGUUUAAUGCAGCUAUUUUCAGAUUGUAAAGAAGACUUUGUUCCCUUACUAGAAACCAUCGGGUAUUAUUUCCAAGUUCGUGAUGAUUAUUUUAAUUUAUAUAGUGAAAAGGAUUUGAAGAACAAAAUAUACGCUGAAGAUUUGUCAGUUGGAAAUUUCAGUUUUCCUAUCGUACAUGCUAUACAAAGUCAUCCAGAAGAUACACAGAUAAUGAAUAUUUUGAUACAACGAACAAGCGAUAUUAAUGUGAAACGAUAUUGUGCUAAGCUAUUAGAAGACUUUGGUUCCUUCGCUUAUACGAGAAAUUUACUCAAAGGAUUGGAUGAAUCAGUAAGAACCGAGAUUCAACGUUUAGGUGGAAAUCCUGCAUUAAUAAAAAUUUUAGAUAAGAUAGCAGUUUGAAAGGAUAAAAAUGACCAUCAGCGCUUCUGGGAAACUACAUUUACGUUCUAUUUUCUAUCGGCUCUUUUUUACUUGCUGUUUCGUGUCAGGACCGAAGCCACAAGUCUUGUUUGUGAAAAAUGUAAGCGUACUUCAUUACUUAUUUGUAAGAGUAUUUCAAAACGUUAAAUGUAAAUAAAUUAUUU